AUGAAGUCUAUCUAUAGUACAAUUGCUGCUGUCUUCUUGCUUGGAGCAUCAUGUUCACAACUGCACAUCCCUCCGGUUGACGCAGUAGUCAAGAGUUUACUCCAUAAGGAAGACGCCUACGUCCACUUUAGCGGAAAUCAAUCUGUUUCCAAAGCACUCUCAGAACGACAGGCGUCCUCUUACUGGUACGAAAAUAUCCAACACCAAGGAAUAUCUGCCUUUGGGCCCAGCGGGUAUAAAGUGUACCGCAAUGUUAAGGAUUACGGAGCAAAGGGCGAUGGGUUGACCGAUGAUACGGCUGCCAUUAAUGCUGCAAUGAACGAUGGUGGUCGUUGUGGGCAGGGAUGUGCAUCAAGCACAACUACCCCUGCGGUUAUAUACUUCCCUUCAGGGACCUAUCUUCUCUCCUCUUCCAUUAUUGAUCAAUACAACACUUUUCUUAUUGGAAAUCCAAAUGACCUCCCGGUUUUGAAAGCAACGCCCUCAUUUUCAGGCUUCGGACUUAUCGAUGGAGACAAGUACUACGGUCAAUACCUGAAUUGGGCGUCCACAACCGUGUUCUUUAGACAGGUUAAGAACUUCAUCAUCGACACAACAAAUGUGCCAGCUGGCUCUGCAGUAACGGGUAUACAUUGGCCAACCGCCCAAGCAACAAGUCUUCAAAAUAUCGUCUUUAAGAUGAGUGCUGCAGCUGGAACUCAGCACGUCGGGUUGUUUUGUGAAGAGGGUUCUGCUGGCUUUAUCACGGACCUUACCUUUAACGGUGGUCGUAUCGGCGCACAGAUUGGCAAUCAGCAAUUCACCAUGCGAAACCUCGUCUUUAAUAAUUGUGUCACGGCCAUCUCUCAAGUUUUCAGCUGGACGUGGGUUUACCAAGGCAUCAGCAUCAACAACUGCCUGGUCGGCAUUGACAUGUCCACCGUCGGCAGUGCUGUUCAGGCUGUUGGGUCUAUUACUGUACUCGACAGUUCUAUUACGAACACUCCGGUUGGCAUUGUGACCUCCUAUAAUCCACCCUCGACAACUCCCCCAACAGCAGGAAGUUUAAUCAUCGAGAAUCUUGCCUUGAAUAACGUACCUACCGCCAUCCAGCGGUCAGGCGGCUCUACUCUGCUCGCUGGUACUUCAGGCUCUACAACCAUCGGGGCCUGGGGUCAGGGCCAUCAGUACUCACCCACUGGACCAAAAAGCUUCCAGGGCGCGUUCACACCGAACACCAGACCGGGAUCUCUUAUUAGUGGUGGCAAAUACUAUACUCGAACAAAGCCUCAAUACAACACUCUCCCGGUCUCAUCCUUCUCCAGUGUACGCAGCGCUGGCGCUACAGGUAACGGUGUGACUGACGACACAACGGCCAUUCAGAAUGUCAUCGACAGCGCUACUGCUGCCGGCAAAAUUGUCUUCUUUGAUGCCGGAACAUACAUCGUCACCAAAACAGUCGUCAUUCCUCCUGGAGCAAAGAUUGUUGGCGAGGGAUUAGCUUCUGUCAUCAUGUCAAGUGGUAGCUUCUUCAACAACAUGGACAGCCCACAGCCAGUAGUUAAGGUCGGCAACGCUGGAUCUACGGGUCAAGUAGAAUGGUCUGAUAUGAUUCUCAGCACCAAGGGUGCUCAGGCCGGCGCGACUCUUAUUGAGUGGAACUUGGCGACUUCGGGAACACCGUCUGGUUUGUGGGAUGUGCAUACCCGAAUUGGGGGAUUUGCUGGUUCUGAUCUUCAACUUGCUCAAUGUCCCAAGACCCCAAGCAGUACCACAAUUAACAAGAACUGCAUCGCGGCGUACAUGUCGAUGCACAUCACCCCAUCAGCAACUGGCCUUUACAUGGAGAAUAACUGGUUCUGGACCGCGGACCACGACAUUGAUGAUCAAGGUAACACGCAAAUUACAGUGUUUGCUGGACGGGGUUUGCUUAUCGAAAGUACUACUGGGACAUUCUGGCUGGUCGGCACAGGCGUGGAACACCACGUGCUAUAUCAAUACCAGUUCGCUAAUACUCAAAAUGUCUUUAUGGGCGUUAUCCAGACGGAAACACCAUACUACCAGCCAAACCCUCCUGCACCCGCACCAUUUAAAGUUGUUCCGGCUUUAAACGAUCCCACGUUUGGGAGCUGCGUGGGCCAAGCUCCUAACUGCUAUGACUCCUGGGGUCUUCGCAUCGUAAACUCGCGGAACAUUCUCAUCUACGGCGCUGGCCUCUAUUCCUUCUUUAACAACAAUAAUGGAGCGUGCAACACAGUUGAUGGCGCACAAACCUGUCAGGUGAGCAUGGUUGAUCUUGAGGGAACGUUAAAGAACAUCAACAUCUAUAAUUUGGCCACUGUCGGAACAAACAACAUGAUCUCACAGGCUGGGAAGAGCCUUGCCAUAUCUACUGAUAACAAAAACGUGUUCCCCGACGUUAUUGCUCUCUUCCAGCUUGCCUCUGGAAGUGGCGACGAUGGAUCUACUCCAACCAUGACUGCUACACCUACAACUCUGGCCACUAGAACUACCACCGCCACCAACACCGUUGCCCCAACAGGUGGAUGGCAGUACCGCGGCUGCUACACAGAUAACGUUGGCGGCAGAGCCUUGACAUUUGGACAGCAAGUUCCCGGAGGAGCCUCAUCUAUGACGGUUGAGACUUGCCAGGCUGUGUGCAAGGGGCUCGGCUAUACUUUGGCCGGACUUGAGUAUUCCCAGGAGUGCUUUUGUGAUAAUGCUCUUAGGAAUGGAGGUGCUGCUGCGCAAGACGGAGAUGCUCAGUGUAAUAUGAACUGCAAUGGGAACUCGGGUGAGAAAUGCGGUGGCCCUAACAGGCUAAGCCUCUACAGCUAUGGAUACGGGAAUGGAACGAGCAUCCCAGUAGCAUAG